AUGGAGGGCCACACCCAAUCAACAGCAACAGCGACGACCGCAACCGCACGCGACGACACUCACCCGCAUCUCGUCGCAAACAACCUUGCCACCGACUCGAACGACACGACGAGAACGGUCGACAGCUCGUCUCGCACGGCAACACGCUCGCCGUCCAUCGAGUCGACUCGCAAAGCUGGGCGCGAUGGAGCACGGCGCCGCGAACGCACUUUCUCGCCCGACCGCCGUCCCUGGCCUGAACGGAGCUGGGCGUACGAGCUGAUGCCGUUCAGGGGCAUGUACAACGACGUCAGGAGGAGGCUGCCGUUCUAUGUCAGCGAUUGGACGGAGGGACUGCGCCCGAAGAACUGGGAGAGGGUCGUCGGAGCGACAAUCCGCAUGUACUUCCUCAACCUCAUGCCCUGCCUCGCCUACAUCAUCGACAUGUACGUCCGCACCGACGGAACGUACGGCGUCAACGAGGGCAUCCUCGCGUCGGCCAUCGCGGCGCUAUGCUUCUCGCUCUUCUCCGUCCAGCCUUUGACGAUUGUUGGAGUCACCGGUCUAAUCAACUUGUUCAACUAUACGACUUUCGACAUCCUGCGCAACUACGACGUCAACUACAUACAGUUUCAAGCCUGGGUUCUCAUCUGGGCCGCCAUCAUGCACUGGAUCUCGGCCGUCUUCAAUCUCUGCGACUUCACCCGCUUUAUCACCGACAUGACCUCCGAAUCCUUCGGUCUCUACGUCGGCAUCAUCUACAUACAGAAAGGCGUCGAGCUCCUCGUGUACGAGUUCGAUGCCGGACGCGGACAAGCAGGAUGGUUCUCCGUCGUCGUCGCGAUCCUCUUUGCUUUGUCCGUCUACUUUGUAGAAAGGGCUGGGACGCUACACUUCGGCCCUUUCUGGGCUCGCAAGGCGCUCGUAGACUACACCUUUGCGGCGGCUAUCAUCUUCUACACAGGAUUCGUACACAUUCCCGGAUACAUCAAGAGCAGCGAUAUCCAGUACCUUCCCAUCAGUGCUACGUUCCGCCCCACCCUAGACCGCGACUGGGUUGUACCCUUCUGGAAUCUGCCCGUCAAAUGGGUGUUCGUCGCCCUUCCUUUCGGCUUUCUCGUCACGCUGCUAUUCUACUUCGACAACAACACCAGCUCGGUGAUGGCCCAAUCGCGCGGGUUCCCCGUCAAGCGCCCCGCCGGCUUCCACUGGGACUUCUUCCUCCUCGGCUGCACGACCUUCGUAGCCGGUAUCAUCGGCCUCCCCGCACCGAACGGACUCGUCCCUCAAGCGCCGGUACAUACCGAAGCGCUGAGCGUGACAAAGAUGGUUCCUGCGCAGGCAGAGUUGAGUGAGGGGGGCUUCUUUGAGGGCGAUGUGAAGAGGGCGCACAGGGAGGCGGAUAGGGAGGUUGAGAAGGGUGCGGAGAGAAAGCCGCUCAAGGUUGUGAGGACGAGGGUUGUCGAGCAGAGGAUCUCGCACUUUGCGAUGGCGAUGCUAACCCUCGGCACCAUGUCCCGCCCGCUCCUCGUCGUCCUCGGCCUCAUGUCCCGCGCCAUGUUCGCCGGCAUCUUCCUUGUGGUCGGCUGGGGCUCAGUCGAAGGCAACGGCAUCGUGCACAAGACGCUCUUCCUCCUCCGCGACCGGCGCAUGACGCCUUCCUCCCACCCGCUCUUCAACAUCAAGAAGUCGUCGAUCGUCAAGUUUAUCGCGAUACAGUGGCUCUUUUUCGCGGCUAUGAUUGCCGUGUCCGAGACUAUCGCUGGUAUCGCCUUCCCCAUCUUCCCCCUCGCUCUCAUUCCCGUCCGGUACUACCUCGUCCCGCGCCUCUUCACGCCCGAAGAACUCGUCGCUCUCGACGCCCCAACCGCCAACUCUGCUGCCGUGCUCGUCUCGCUCGGCGGACCUCUGCAGCCUGAAUAUGGGCAGCCAAGGGCGAAGAGCGUGGAGGAUGAGGAGGAGAAGGUUGGAGGUGAGAAGAGGGGACGGACGAGCGGAUUGAUGGAUGAGGAGGGGAGAGUCGAAGGGCUCAGGAGGCGCGAGGCGUUGGAGAGGGAGGAGCAGGAGAAGGGUGUGCCGGGUGGAGCGGCGGGUCUGCAGCGGAUCGUCUCGAUCAAGCGGUAG